AGCACAGAGGAGAUUCAACCACACACACACUGGGCGCAGUAGUGCGGAGUGAGAGGCGGUACCGUUAUAUUUUUAAAACUGCGUCAUCUGCAGCUUACCCCCAAACGCUCGCAGUACAGUACUGCCACGGUCAACAAAAACCCACAGUGUUAGGCUAGUAGUGGUAACCGCUAUAGCGCAUUUUUAACUCAGGUUGUGUCAGACAAAUCAGAUUACUGGGAAAGUAAACUGGAUUCUGACGUAAAGGGAUUAAACCCCGGCAGAGCAGCAUCGCAUGUGCUACUCGCGCGCGCUCUCCGUCAGCACCAGUCGGCGAAGAGGAGAGCAGCUCGUGCCACCUCCAGUCAACAAACCCUCCUCUCUCUGCUAGCACCUGAGCAUGACUCCUCAGACAUUUCUCUGCGACUGAACAGGACGUACCAACCCUGGUAACAUGGCUUCGUAUUUGCAGAUCGCUGAUGACGAAAAGGGCCACGAACUGGACCUGUUCUGCGUCCCCAGACAUUAUGAGAAUGAUUUGGAGAGGGUGAUCAUCCCCCAUGGACUCAUCAUGGACAGGACGGAGCGCCUAGCCCGUGACAUAAUCCGGGACAUGGGAGGACACCACAUUGUAGCGCUAUGCGUGCUAAAAGGAGGAUACAAGUUCUUUGCAGACCUCUUGGACUACAUUAAAGCUCUGAACCAGAACAGCGAUAAAUCAGUGCCGCUGACAGUGGAUUUCAUUAGGGUGAAGAGCUACUGUAAUGACAAAUCAACAAACAGUGUCAAAGUCAUAGGAGGGGAUGAGCUGUCCAAUCUCUCAGGCAAGAAUGUUUUGAUUGUUGAGGAUAUUGUGGAGACUGGAAGAACGAUGCAGACGCUACUUUCUCUACUGAGUGAAUGUAAUCCCAAGAUGGUUAAAGUUGUAAGCCUUCUGGUGAAGAGGACCCCGAGGAGUUCAGGGUACAGACCAGACUACAUUGGUUUUGAGGUGCCCGAUGCCUUUCUGGUGGGUUACGCUCUGGACUACAAUGAGUACUUCAGAGAUCUCAGUCACAUCUGUAUACUGAAUGAUCAAGCAAAGGACAAGUACAAAGUGUGAUCAGACGAAGUGCUGCAGAGGCGAUGGCUGAAUCAAUGAAGACUAGGACCACUGUGAUGACCCUUGUUACCUUUGCUGUGUUUUGAAUCUUAGUUAUUUUUCUACAUUUGAAUCCACAAAAUGUGACUUGUGGGUUGUAAAUACCUUCAAGAAGAAAAAUUAAUUUCCCCUAUUGAAUACAUGGGAUCAAUUAUGUAUAUCAUGAAUAUUUUGGUUGUCAAAUUUUAAUUUAUUUAUUUAUUCACUUAAGUGUAUAACUUUACCUGUAAACCUGUGGGUUUAACGUUGAAGGGAGAAAUAUGUCUUUAAUUUGUUCUAGCUGAUGUGGUUCAAAUCACACAUCUCAGGCUAAUGUUACUGCUUCAUAUUCAGUGAGCUGGCAGUCAGUUUUAAGUAGUCUUUUCUACACGUUUUUGUUCCUACCUAUGAUAUAACACAUAUUCUCGUUAUGCCAUAAAAUGACUGACUUGGAAUGUACUGUAUGUUUUAUUUCGUAUCUGAUGUUUCACCGAGAACCCGUUUACAGCAAUACAAAUCCCAUUGAAACCUUG